CCCGUCAGCUGAUCCCAAAGUCACAGGAUUCCGUGCUCAGUCAUCCCCUGCCCUGGAUAACAGAGGGUGUGGGCCGGCAGUGGCGCACGGAUCGGUUUGCAGCAGCCGUCACGCCGGGAGCUAGCUCCGCAGCAGCCAUGGGGCUCCGCGCCGUUGUCCUGCUCCUGGCCCUUGUGGUCCCAUGCUCGGCGCUGAUCAGAAUCCCGCUGACUAAGUUCCCCUCCGUGCGCCGCAUCCUAAAUGAAGCCGGAAGCGAAAUCCCUGAUCUGAAUGCCAUGGGCGAAUUCCUGAAAUACAAGCUGGGCGUGCCUGGCGUAGAGGAGCCCACCCCAGAGACCCUAAAGAACUACAUGGAUGCUCAGUACUACGGAGAGAUUAGUAUUGGGACGCCACCGCAAAAGUUCACCGUGGUCUUUGACACUGGAUCGUCAAACCUCUGGGUGCCCUCUGUCCAUUGCAACCUCCUGGACAUCGCCUGCUUGAUCCAUCACAAAUACGACUCCUCCAAAUCCAGUACGUACCAGAAGAACGGCACAGCUUUCGCCAUCCAUUAUGGAACCGGGAGCCUGUCUGGAUUCCUCAGCGUGGAUGCUGUGGGGAUUGGUGACUUAGUUGUCAAGGACCAGAUCUUUGGUGAAGCAACCAAGCAACCUGGCAUAACCUUCAUCGCUGCCAAGUUCGACGGCAUUAUGGGCAUGGCCUUCCCGAAGAUCUCUGUGGACAAAGUCACACCCUUCUUCGAUAACGUCAUUCAGCAGAAGCUGGUGGACAAGAACAUCUUUUCCUUCUACCUCAACAGGGACCCAUCAGCUCAGCCUGGAGGGGAGCUGCUGCUGGGAGGGACUGACCCCAAGUAUUAUACUGGAAACUUCAAUUGGGUGAAUGUCUCACGCAAGGCAUACUGGCAGAUCCACAUGGAUGAACUGGAUGUUGCCAACGGCCUGACCCUGUGCAAAGGGGGCUGUGAAGCUAUUGUGGACACAGGAACCUCGCUCAUUACAGGGCCAACGAAGGAGGUGAAGGCGCUGCAGGCUGCCAUCGGGGCUAAGCCACUCAUCAAAGGACAGUACGUGAUCCCCUGCGAUAAAGUGUCGUCCCUUCCCGUCGUCACUCUCAUGCUAGGAGGAAAGCCUUAUGAGCUCACCGGAGAACAGUACGUCUUCAAGGUUUCUGUACAGGGAGAGACCAUCUGCCUGAGUGGAUUUUCAGCCCUGGACAUCCCACCUCCCGGGGGCCCGCUGUGGAUCCUGGGAGACGUGUUCAUUGGCCCCUACUACACCGUGUUUGACCGUGAUAAUGACUCUGUUGGCUUUGCCAAGUGUGUCUGAGUGCCUGCCCCACCAUCCCUGCCACACACACGCACUGUAGAGAGUGAGUCCCAGGAUUAGGAAGCAAAUGAGGAAAUAAAAGAAAUGGAAAUAGAUUUAAAAUUAAAAAGGAAACAAUAUUAGUGCCCUCUUAAUGACCCUUUGCCGUCUCUUGAAUAAGUGAUAAUCAGAGAGCUCUAGCGCAUCACUCAAUCUAGAGCAGCCCCACCUUGUUAGAUCUUCCAGCUCCAUUUUAAAUAUUAGGUAAUGAAGCUGCGAUUCCACUCCUCCUGCAGAGAACCCACAUUGGUAAUGGUCAUUAGAUUCACUGUUCUACUGGGAGGGGAAGAGGGGGUUAUAUAUGUACAUGCAGAAAACUUUCUCCUUAUUCCUCUUCUCUAACCAAUGACAGGGUGAGGGAGCUGACUUUGUCUUGUGGCUGCUCUGAGUCACAUGGGGAAGAAAAGCAAUAGUCUGGUGGCUCUUAAUAAGCUUGUGUUUUAAUGUGCUUCCUUGUGAGACUAAUUUCUCGUGUGAAGCUGAGGAGGGUGAUCGAGAGAUGGCUGCAUGAGCCAUCCCUUAAAAUACACAAGGGAAGGCUUAGGAUCAAAACACAUUAACCGAGUUUCUUGUGUCGUGGCAGCACAACGGGAGCACUUACCGUGGUGUGACCAUCUCUGUUGACGUGUUUCACUGGGCAGGGAUGACAAUAGGGGCUCCAGCCAGUAGAACCCUCAGGGAGAAGAAACGGGAAGGGGACCAUGGUAGGAUUUGAUGAUGGUCUUUGAGUCUGCAAUGGCCCAUCUUUACACUUAAGGCUGAGCAAACCAGUUCAGAUAAAAUAAGAGAUGACCCAAACUUCUUAGGUUUGAAAUAGUUUGGUUGGUUGGGGUUUUUUCUUAAAGUCCUACAGUUUGGGAAAAUUUGUCAAGAGCUAUUGAGCUGGGAGGGUUUUGUUUUUUUUAAAGCAUUUAAGUUACCUAGAAGCCCUAGGUCCCACUGACAGUAAAUGGGGUUUAGGUGCUUUCAAGUCACUUAGCUGCUUUUGAAGACUUUACUCAUGGUAUUUUUGAUCUGAUCAAACCAGAGACUAUUAGCAGUCAGAUGGGAGACUUGCAAGACUUCCAGAUCAAAGAGGUUUGGGGAAGCAUCUCAAGUUCCAGGUGCUUCUUUUUACCAAACCUCUGAGCCUUUGGAAGCCAAUUCAUCUCUACUCUACACUCCCUAUUCCAAACCCUAGCUUACUUUUCUUAUUCAAAACCAGGUAAACGUACACCCUGCUGUACAAAUAUAAAGUGAGGCACAUUGCCCGCUCUGGAGAGCUUACAGUUAAUGGUCAUGCGCACAGACCCACACUUUCCCAGUCAAGAGCCAGCAACUACGUAUACAAAACUGUUCACCCUGUCAGGCCCUUAGCCAAGACAAACAUGGGGCAGCAGUCCAGGGGAGGGACUGCAAGUAGUGAUUGGUAGACAGAGGGAGAUCAAGUGGGUUUUUAAGUACGGUUUUGAGGAAGUGGGAGAGAGUGAGCUUGGUAGAGUUAUCAA